GAACUGUCAAGUGCGAGAGGUCGCGGAUGAUGUGAACGCGGCCGGGGUUUUGUUGUUUUGAUCCUCUUCAGUGCACUAGGGCAAUCGAAAAUCGUCGCAGAACGGAGAACAACGAAAUAGGCCACCUGCCCUAACCGAGGCAGGCUGCAGCGUGUUCUGUUGGUCGCUAUGGUCACCAGCAAAAGUCGGGAGUAGCAAAAAAAAACGAUUUCCUGCGAACCGGAGCAAUUUCUCGAGCACAAAAGCAACCCGCUCUCAAUCCGUCCACCAAGAGGGCCGAAAGGAGCCCAAUCCGAAGAGCUAGUCACCGAGGCAUCAUCUACGUAACCGGCAUGAAGCUGCAAAUGGAAGCAAUUAUCCUGAGCCUGGUGCUUGCACUGGCGACUGUCGUGAGAGCGGCACCACCGCCACUUGUACGAACGGCAGGAACGACCGGUCCCCCGGCCAAGGACAACACCUCGGCCCUCCUAACGCCGGCACAAGAAGGUAGUAACGAGAACGUUCCGCAGUGGCAGCUCGGCUGCACCGACAACAGCACACGGCCGGACUGUGUCGCCCUGAAGGCGGUGCUGCAAGAGCUGGGAAGUUACCGGCCCGAAGAACCGACGGCUGCAAUCAACGACGGAAUGGUGACCCCGCUGACGCCCGAUGAAGUGGACCAAUUUUGUCAGAAGCUGCCGCAAACGGCUGACCUGCUUCCGGCGGAGUUGAAGAAAAAGGUACAAAACUAUGCACCGAUGAAAAAAAUGAUACCCUGCACGAUCGCAUGUGUGCAAACCGUUCCGCAUACCAACCCCGAGGAAGAGCGAGUGAAUGAUCGUUGCCGUGCACUGUUGAUCGGAGCCGAGCUCAUCGUACAGGCGGAACGGAACAAGCCCGAGCAGAAGGUUGAAACCGUUAGUGCCGGGUCAAAGUUGAAGGUUGAACAUGUGGAGAGCAAUCUGAAGCAACCCGCCGCCGCCCUCGUGAAACAACCGGUCACAGAUGUGAAGGACAAGGUAUCGGGAGCGGAGCCCGGCAAAACCAACGGCACUGCUCUCGUCGGCGAGGGUAAAGUCGGGGAGAGUGAUCACAAGCUUGAAGUUCCGCUACCGGUGCCCGAGCAUGCCGCUGCAAAUCACCAAGGUAACGGCGGAGAAGUAGGCGAUGGAGCUGCUGCUGCUGCUGCUGCUGCUGCUGCUGUCGCUGCUCCAGCUGCCGCCCCUGCUGCUCCUGCUCCUGCUCCUGGUGGGCAACCUGACGAGCAGCCGAAGGUUGUCGAAAACCCGGACCUGAAAAUGCCGACCGAUGAGGAGGAUGAUGAACGGUCGGAUGAGGAUGACAUCACUGGCAAUAAGGCACCGCUCGAUGGCACUCUGAAAGAUCCGGACGUCGCGGACCCCGGAGAUGAAACGAACUUUGAGGAGGAGAACGAUUCCCAGGACAGCAUGCUGGAUAGCCGGAACGGUGAGGAACCACCGGUGAAGGCCAGUAAGGACCGGGAGCCAGCGGUGGUGAUGCCGGAGGAUGAGGACGGUGAACGGGAGAAGGUGGCGGCGGGCAACAUUAUCCAGGGCCCGGUAGAUCCGUUCUACAACCAGAACGAUUCCAACUUUUUCUCCUACUUCCUGUUCGCCAUGUUCAGCUGUGCGCUCUGCUACGUGGCUUAUCACAACAAAUCGAAGCUACUGGGACUGGUGGUUGAGGGUCGGCCACGCACCAGCAGUGGCCGAGGGGGAUUCAGCAAGGGCCGCAAACAUACGGCCGCCUACCGUAAGCUGGAUUCCAACCUCGAGGAAGCGAUCACAUCCGGCAGUGCGCCGGCCGGCAGUCAUUCGUCAUCACAAAUCAUCUACUGAGCGAUCGAUUGUUCCCGCCUGAUCCUUUACCUUCCUAGUGCUCCCUUUUUCCAUGAGGCCUUGUAAAUAUUUCCCUCGCGAUUCCCAUUCGAUCUUCAUUUCACAACCCGUGUCUCUCUCUCUUUCUCUGCCUUUUCCUCUCCUCUUUCGUGAUGGCAUGUUCUUCAAUUCAUGUUUUCCCCAUUCUUGUCUCGUCUCGCUUGACCUUGCGCCUUAGAUUUAUGAUAUUCACGAAGCGAGCAACCUGUAGGUGGGAGUACAGACGCGUCCACACAGGCGUCCUUCCUUUCGUAGAUCGCAUCGAUUUCGUCGCUCUCCACCGGCAACACACACGGCAGCGUUCAUCCGGCUCUUCAAAAGGAAAGUCGCGCGCACGAGAGCGGCCGUGUAUGGUUAGUGAAUGAUGAUAGUUAGUAACACGGUGGCUUUCUUAUACGCUUUGCACGCCGUCAUCAUCACCGAUUGAUUGAUCGCAAAGAAACGUCCCGCAACCCCCUCUGUUGAUCAAUAAAAUGGAAAGGAAAGAAUUUUUACAAACUGAAACCACCGAGUCUUCUUUUCGCCACCGGGGUUGCUCUCGAUGCUUGUUUCAGCCCUUCCAUUGGCCAGCGUACGGCAGCGCUGCUAUCGCCGCGCCAUUAUCAGGGUGCGCUAUCUUCAAAGCGAUACAAAACGCUCAACAAUGUUUGGGAUUAACCCCCCCGGCUAUCGGUGGCCUGUGCAAUAAUAAUUUUAGAUUUUGCACGGAAAGCCCCACUAGAUUAUCAAACCCGGCGCAGCGCCGCAAAGUGUCGUCAUCCGCUACACGUUGCACAGAACACGUUCUAAGCGUUGGAUAUUGGAGCGUUGGAGCGGAAAUUCCGUGGGGGGUAGUUUUGUCAUUUACAUUUCUUUACUUUUCUAGUAAGCAAGAGUGUCGAUUUAUUUGUAGAAAAUAAAGCGAACUAUCAUUUCCGUUUUGGUGUGAUAACUGGGAACGAGUGCGGUUCGCCGUUGCUUAUCUCAGCAUUGUGUUCUAUUCCCUUGUCCCCGGGUUUCAUAUACAUACGAUAGGCCACAUCAUCAUCAUAACGCAACCGCGUAUACACAUGUGUUGUCGAUAGAUGGGGGUUGCCCAAGAACCGGGAACUGCUUUGAGCAACAUGGUUUAUGAUCGUCGUCUCUGUAGUGGAAUGUAGGAAAUUUCCGCGAUGCCGUCCACUGGAAAUCGGGUUGUUAUUUAAUGAAGCGUAGCCGACUGGUGCCAUUGUUCCAUGUAAAAG